CAAGACAGCAGACGGCGGCGCGAUAGCCAGCCAGCCAGCCAGAAGCGUUGUCACUCAACCCAACACCCCCUUUACGAGCACCCGGCCGACACUCGACACCUGCUGCGCACCACCACCUGACACUCAACACCACAGCAGCCACCACCUGUGUGACCUGCACCACCACUUCCGGCAACACACGACCACAUUGUUGCCGCAACAUUACCAUGCGUGAAAAAAAGGUCGUAAUCUUGCACCGUCAAACAUGUAGCAUACAAGUUUAACGAAACACCGCUUGCUUAAAAGUCCGCAAGAUAAGCAGUAUCACAUGAACAGACGCAAAGGACAGUAAAUAUGGAGCUUAACGAAUACAGGAGUUGACUCACUGUCUAGCCACCUGCUAAGCCCUCCUGACGUCAUCUCGGAGGCGGCCAAUACCAGUCUGCGACGCGAGGCCCUCUACCCCGCCACCUCCCUUCCACUCCCCCACCUUCUCCGUGGAUAAUAUAGCCGCGCACGCCGCUCCACCGACCAGUACACAGGAAUCAUUCGCAGUGUGUUGACUGUUAUCACAACUCGGUCCUGAACUGAAUACUCUGACGAACUGAAAAGUUAACUGAAAUCCAGUUCAAAUAGAACAGUAAAUCAGUAAAAUCCUAUUCUCACCAAGUCGCUCACAAACCGCCACGCUGUCGCCCAACCAUCGCUCAGCUAUGUGCUUCACCAACAUGAACGGACCACAGGUGGAAAUCGCAGGGCUAGCGACCCUUUGCUUCGACGAGGAAGGCACGUGGUUCCAAGGCUCUAUUACUUCAGAGGACGACACGCAGUACGCCAUCUACGGCACCAAGUGCAAGUGGGCUGACCAGGAAAGGAAAGCUGAGGACUGUGGAUGUGACCCUUCCGGUCCAGGACAAGGCAUUCCCGUCACCUUUGACAUCCGUGUGGUGGAUUGUGAAGUGGGGGAGGAGUACAGCUUGCAGCGGGUACACGGCCGUAAUGGUGAGCUCUGUACCUUCGCGUGCUCCGCCAUCAGCUUCACCACAGAGAAGGUGUUCCGAGGACAGCGCGCUGACAUGGUGGCCCAGCGGUGCCUCGGCCGUAAGAUGGCAGGCCAGCAUAACCACGUGUACCGCGGACCAAUUCGCCUCCAGUGCGUUCCAUCGCGGCGCGACGUGCCCUGGGUGAUGUGAGCUGCCCACCGCCGCCCCCUCGCCUACACUCGUCAGUCGUGAUCCACGGAUAGUAUCCCACGGUGGCACUACUGGACAUGGAGCCGCCGAGCCGCGCCAGUGCCGAGUCGGACAAAGCGCCAGGCACCAGCAGGCCAGACUGCCUUGUACUCACCUGCCAGGGAGUCCGCAGGAGGUUCAUCUGGCCACCAGCAAGUAACAACCCGGCGACCGACCACCAAAGAGGGAGCACAACCUAGGUGCCGCACACUGAUGGCAGGUUGCUGACAGGAUCAACCUCGCUCACCAUGCCGGCAGCUUGGCCAUGGCGGCAGACCAGUUCAGCACUGACAAACCAGUGGACCGUAUGAUUACAUGAUUAGGUCAGCAUGUCAGUGAUUGUUGCGCUUCGUUUAGUCCUACAAGUCUGGUUUCAUAAUGCUGCAGACUUGGCAGACUACAUUUGACUUUCAAGAAUCAACAGAUUUCUUUAUGCUGCACCAUUUACUUGUAUACUAUGAUGUAGAGUUGACUAUCUUGAAUAUUUCUUCACUGAGUGAGGGGUUUAACAAAUUCUUCAUUCAUUGUGACUCACUAACAUCCUGACAAUAAAAAGCAGUACAUACAAA